AGAUGUAUUUUUACAUUAAAUCAUUUGCCUAGAUGGGUGAAUUCAUCGUGGAAAAACAAUCCUAUCUAUAAAGAAUCUUUUUCCUGAGGUAAUAAUAAUGACGAUAUUGGAAAUGAUUACCAUUCGAGUUGUGUUCAUUUGUUUGCCUUCCUUCAUUUUGUCAGUCAAACUCAUAUCCUCGCUCUGAACUCUGAGAGUGAAACGUACGAGAAAAAUAUCAUCAUGCUUUAUGGUGAGAUGAAUUUCACUUAUAAACUUUUCAUCGAUUUAAUUGUAACUAUGUUAAUUGUGCUUGUGAUAAAAAAACUUGUGAAUUUCAUUAAAUAUUAUAACUGUUUCUUAAAACUUCCAAAGGAUCCUAAUUGUACAUUCCUAUUGGGCGAUUUACUUCACUUCAUACCUGCUAUAUGGGAUCAGAAAUUUUCUUCAGAUGCUGUGACCACUUAUAUGACAAAAAAUGCUUCUCAUCAUCAAAUCAAAUCGGGUAUACAUGGAGGUUGGCUUGGUUGGUGGCCUAUUGUGAUUCUACAUGAUUAUAAAGCCAUUGAGGCACUGGUUAGAGAAAAUGUUAUACAUAAACCCAUUUUCUAUAAAUUCACCGGACUCAGAGAGGGUUUGAUCUCUUCGGUUGGACAAAAAUGGAAAAUGAGACGAAAAAUGAUCGAACCUUUUUUCGUUAGCAAACAAACAAAAAAGUUUGCUAUCAUUUCUGACAGCGUUUUUGCUCCAAUGAUAAACGGAAACGAUUUCUGCGAAGAGGGAAAAUAUCUAACACUCGUCGAAAAACUUCAUUCAUCAACAGGUAACAUUAUUCUCAAUGCCACCGCAGGUGUACCGAUAGAAAAAGAACAAGAAGAGAAAAAUUUUCUUAACAAGACUAUGCACCUAAUGGAAACGAACACGAUGGCAAGAAUAUGCAAUCCACCUUUAUGGUUCGAUUGGAUUUUCAAUGUAACCAAAGCAGGUAGAAAAACCGUCAAAAUGAUGGCCAGAGUGUACAAAUUUCUUGACGAUUGUAUCAUAAGGAAUGAGGAAAUUUUGAAUGAGAGCGAUAAGUCUGGUCAAUCGGAUUCAUCUUCUUUCAAUUUCGUCAAAAUGUUGCUCACAUCUAACAAAGGAAAAAUCGAUUUAGAAGGAAUCAACGAAGAGCUGUUGACCGCAGUAUCCGCUGGACAUGAUAGCUCGGCCUUAACUCUUAACACGUUGAUGUUCAUUUUGGGAAACUACCCCGAUAUCCAAGAAAAAGUGUACCAAGAGAUUUCAUCGAUGUUUGGAGAAAACGAAUCGGUUAAUGAUAUUGAAAGGGUUAAACAUUGCGAGUAUCUUGACAAGUGUCUCAAAGAAUCAAUGAGACUUUAUCCUGCUGUACCUUUGAUAGCAAGAGAACUGGAGGAACCAAUUGAGAUAAAUGGUUACAAUUUGCCAAAAGGAUCAAUAUUAAUAUGUAAUAUUUUUAAUGUCCAUCGAGAUCCUCGAAUUUAUCCUGAUCCAACUCAAUAUGAUCCUGAGCGUUUCGAUCCAUCAAAUUUACCAAACAUUCCCAAAGGAGCUUAUAUACCUUUCGGAGUAAUACCAAGAGCUUGUACCGGGUCUCGAUUUGCAUUAAUCGAAAUGAAAAUUUUUCUUAUUCAUUUGAUAAGAAAAUAUAAAAUUUUCUCAGCUAAGAAACUCGAAGAAGUUUCUUUCGAAAUGGAUUUCACUUUAAAGCCUUCAAGCCCAUUGGAAAUCAUGCUUCGUAAACGAACCAACUGAUCGAUUUAUCUUAAUUAAAUCCAUAAUCAUCUUUUAAGUAAUUAAUAAGAAAAUAUAUUCUCUCUUAUUUUUGCCGUUCAAUUCAUUAAAUACAAAACUUAUUGGUCAAUUUAUUUAGUAAAAAAUAAACCAGGUAACAAAAAUCGUUACGAAGUCUUAUCCUUUUUUCAAGAUUUCAAUUCAUAAUAUUAAUAUUAUUAUAAUAAUAAUUAAUUGUUGGAAAUGAAAAAUCAAAGUAUGAAAAAAAACAUCAUUGACAAUCAAACAAAAAAUGUAGAGUCAUUAAAAUAUCAUUUAAUCACGAUUCUUGGAAAUUACAAUUACUUUUAGUAUCAUUAACUAGUUGUGUUUACUAUUCAAUCCUGAUUAUACAGUCGUGAAAAAUGAGUUUCGAAUCGAGUCGAAGUUGAAUUUUUAAUCAUUCGCACAACUUAUCUACGAAAAUCAAUUGAUAAUCUUUAUCACCAGUGAUAAGACUUAGAUGAUUUACUCAUUGAUUUUUCUAAUCUUGAUUGUUUAAUCUGUUAAUUUUUGUCACUACCUGUGCGAAUUGUCAAAAACCGUUAAUAAAAUAACGUUAGAUUUAUUUUCCUCAAUUAAAUUCAUUU